UUGUGGUGUUCUCAGGUCACAACCAGUAUCUACAAUCUAAUCCUAGGUAAUAUAUACUGUGACCACCAUGGAACAAUGCACAUACGAGGUAAUCGCCAGUACUCAUGCAAACUCAAAUUCAAGGAGCAGUCUAUUCUUGAACGCAAUCCUCACCAGGUUCAUGGAUUUGUUGAAGAUGUGACGGGAAAAAAAUUUGCUACAUUAUUUGGAAAAUGGGAUGAAAACAUGUAUUUCAUAAAUGGAGAUGGGAAUGGCAAGGUGAAAGAUAAGUCUGAUGCAUCUUUAUUGUGGAAAAAGAAUGAGCCACCUCCAAAUUUCACUCGCUACAACUUAACUUCUUUUGCAAUUACUCUAAAUGAGUUGACACCAGGACUUAAGGAGAAGCUUCCACCUACAGAUUCAAGAUUAAGACCCGACCAACGACAUUUGGAGAAUGGGGAAUAUGAUAAGGCCAAUGCAGAGAAGCUGCGAUUGGAAAUGCGACAGAGGAUGUCCAGAAAAUUACAAGAAAAUGGUUGGAAGCCCAGAUGGUUUGAAAGAGAAAGUGAAGAAGGAUCCUUCCGUUAUGUGGGUGGAUAUUGGGAAGCCCGAGAGCAGGGAAAAUGGAAUGGAUGCCCUAAUAUUUUUGGUGAAAUUAGUGAAGACCUCGUAAAUUCCUUUGAAUGAUCCUGAAUUCUGAAAAG